AUGGGAGAGAUGGUGGUUAAAACACCCCACACCACUCUACAGCGGAUUGGUCGGUUCGCCCUGCCUGCCACCGUCUAUGAUUUCCUCUUCAGCCAAUCAGAGGGUCCCCCUUGGGUGGGCCUCCUCCUUAGGGCUUUGUUUGGAGCUGUCAGUGGAGCAGGUCUGUUCCUAGGUCUGAUCUACAACCUCCCCAUGACCUUUCACCCCAGGCUGACAGCGGGCUGUUUCUUCAUAGCUCUGUGUGUUGUGGGCGGAGUCUUCUCCUCCUCCUUCAGGGCGUCGGUCCUGAUGAUGUUUCCCAGCAUGCUCGGUUCCAGGGGGCGGAGCUACCUCCUGGUGUACACCCUGUCUGCGCUCUACAGCGGGCCGCUGUGGAACAUCCAGAGGAACGUGCAGAGUGUGGCCCUCUCUCUGGGCUGCAACCUGGACCUCCAGAUGAACCACAGUCGACUGCUCUGGAGGACCACCGUGGAGCCCCUCAUCGCCCUGAGCCAGCAGGUCAUGGAGGAGCAGGGGGGCUUCCAGGAGGAGGCUCUGGACGUCAGCAGGGCGUUCCAGCAGAUCAGAGACGAGGUCAUCGCCCAGUACGGAUACGACCGCUUCAGCACCAACAGCAGCAGCUCCACCCAGGACCAGUUCACCAGCAAGACCCGCCUGCAGUGUGACAGCGUGGUGGAGCAGGCGACCGGGCGGUGUCGGGACUGGUUCAGCAGGAAGUGGACCGACUGCGUGGACAUCGUCGCCGUCCCCGUCAUCAGCGACAUCCUGUGUGUGUCCAUGAAGUUCCACUUCCUGUGUGACGUCAUGAGAGUGAUGACCCCGUGGUGCCGGGAGCAGGUCCCCGUGGAGGGGAACUUCGGGCAGACCUUCGAUCAACUGAACCGCUCCAUGGACCGGCUGGCCACCGAGUUCAGCACCAGCCUGGUCCUGCAGGUAGGGCGGGUCCUGGGGGGUCUGGAGGUGGACCGGGCCCUGGGGGUCUGGAGGUGGGGCGGUCUGUGGGGGUCUGGAGGUGGGGCGGUCCUGGGGGGUCUGGAGGUGGACCGGGUCCUGGGGGUCUGGAGGUGGACCGGGUCCUGGGGGUCUGGAGGUGGGGCGGUCCUGGGGGGUCUGGAGGUGGACCGGGUCCUGGGGGGUCUGGAGGUGGGGCGGUCUGGGGGGGUCUGGAGGGUUCUGGUCCUGAUGGUUCUGGUCCUGAUGGUCUCACUGUGGGUGGGUUCUCAGCAGGAGGAGCAGCAGGUUCUUCUGGGAGACUUCCAGGACGUCUUCCAGGCGGAGCUGGCCUCCUCCUUCCAGAAGGUCCAGGACCUCAGCUCCAGGGUUCUGGACACGCUCCAGGUCCUCCUCUCCCUCACCUUCAUCUUCAUCUUCACAGGGGCCUUUGGUUACGUCCAUAAGUACAGGAGGGACAUCUUCUUUGACAACGUCUACGUCACGACGUACUUCAGGCAGAUCGAAGCCCGGAGGAAGACAGCUGAUAAGCCCUUCCUGUUGCCUCUGAACAGAGCAGAACGGACUCAGCUCAUCAACCCCUGGAGUCCGCUCAUACACCCCCGUGAACUGGAGGAGUUGUCCCUGUCCCUGCUCCAGGUGGGCUGUCUGGGGGUCCUGGUCGGUGUCCUGCUGGCCGUGGAUCAGACCCUCAGCCGCAUUCUGGACCUCCUCCACACACACACACACACUGAGUUCAACCUCACAGGCCACCAUGACGUGGAUAUCCGUGUGGGCGGGGCCUCCAUGAUGGCCCGCCUCCUGAGGAAGACCAUCUCAGCCUUCAACAGCUCCUCCCACCUGGACAUGCACUCCUCCAACCAGGACUGCCUGCCCCUGUCCACAUCGCUGCAGGUCUCGGACUACGUGUGCACUAUCGCUCCCGUCCUGCUGGGGGCGCUGAUGUGCUGCCUGCAGGUCUACAGCAACCGGCUGCGGAGGGCCAUCGCUGCCUUCUACUAUCCGAAGUGGGACAAAAGGCGCGUCCUGUUCCUCUAUAACUUCCACCUCCAGAACCGCGUCAGUUUCAUGGCUCGCCGGCGCGCCCUGCUGGCCACCAGGGGGCGCCCUCACGCCGCGGGUCUCCCCAGGUGUGUUCAGGUGGUCCUGGGGCGACUGGGCUGCCUGUUGCCAUGGCGCAGGUUGUCGAGGUGCUGUGUGUGUGAGGGGGGGUCGGGGGGUCAGGGGUCGGGGGCGUGCCCCUGGCCGGCCUGCGGGGCGACCUUCUGCGCCCCCUGCUGGGACCACCUGCAGCGCCUGUGUCCCUGCCGUCACCAUGACGACACCCCCCCCCCCUUCUGA